AUGGCUUUCUCAUGGUUGAAAUGUUGUCGACGAGGAGAGAAUGACGAUGAGGAAACGCUCAUUCAACAAAACACUCAAUCCCCAGACGAUCUCCCUGAGAAACGAGCUACUUUAUGGCAAUUUUUUCGUUUUGCUUCAUGUUUCGAUUAUUUUCUGAUGUUUUUUGGAAUGCUAGCCGCAUUGAUCUCCGGACUGGUUUAUCCGUUAAUGUCCACGAUUUUGGCACGGGUCUCUCAAGCGUUCAUCACCUACGACUCCCAAAGAAAAAGCGGUACAAUCACCCCCGAGGAUCUCGCAAAAGCAAAAGAGCUUCUCAACACUGAAAUUAUCGCUUGUUGUUGGAAUUUUCUCUACUUUGGAAUCGUGUAUUGCAUUCUCUCAUUUAUACAGACAAGCGGUUGCAUGUACGCUUGUGAGACAAUUUGUCAGCGGAUACGGAAGAAAUUUUUCUUGUCCAUUUUAAAUCACAAAAUCGAAUGGUUCGACAAGAAUUCUUCGGGAUCGUUGUGCUCGAAUAUGUUUGAUUCCCUAGAACGACUCAAAGAAGGUUUUGGUGAUAAACUCGGUGACGGGCUGCACAAUUUUGGUGUGUUCGCCUCGGGAAUGUUUAUAGGGUUCUACUACGAUUGGCGAAUAGCUGGCAUCAUGACGGUCACAUCACCGUUUAUCGUCAUCUCGGGGAUCGUUGUUAAUAAAAUGAUCGGUGACACGGCCGUUGAUUCAGCAAAACGCUACGCAAAGGCGGGAAAAGUAGCUGAAGAGGCUUUAAGCUCAGUUCGAACUGUUUUAUCCUUCAAUGGUCAGGAGCACGAGUGCAAAAAAUACGAGACGGCGUUGAAAGAAGGCAGUCGGCAGGAGAUUCGAAAAUCGAUAUUUCUCGGCUUUGGCACGACACUCACCUAUUGCGCUUUCGAUAUGAUGUGGUGUGUGGCGUUUUGGGUGGGCACAGAUUAUGUGUACUGGGGAUUAACAUCGGCUCAAACGAUGAUUACGGUAAUCAUGGCAAUCAAAUACGGUUCUUUCGCUUUUGGGUACGCCCUCCCCGAUGUGGCGGCGGUGUCAAGCGCGCUCGGGCAAGGCGGUCGAAUUAUGGAGAUUAUCGAUACGGUUGAACCUGAAGACGAUGAAACCGCUCAAAAACCGUAUGUCGAGGGGAAAAUUCGGGUUGAAAACGUUUACUUCAACUACCCUAGUCGGCCAGAUGUCCCGAUUUUGAAAGGUCUUUCUUUCGAGUGUCAACCUGGGGAAACGGUUGCUUUGGUUGGUGCGUCUGGGUCAGGAAAAUCGACGAUCGUCAAUCUUUUGCUCAGAUUCUACGAUCUCGAAGCUGGAUCGAUUUUACUCGAUGACAUACCACUUGAAGACUUCAAUGUAAACCAUUUGAGGAAAAUCGUCGGUGUCGUCAGUCAAGAGCCGGUUCUUUUCAAUAGCACAAUAGUUGAGAAUCUUCGCUUUGGAAACGCUAAUGCAAGCGACCGAGAAGUGCACGUGGCUCUGAAGAAAGCAAAUGCUUUGAGUUUCAUCGCUGAAUUUCCCGACGGUCUGAACACUCUUGUUGGUGAUCGUGGCACUCAAAUGUCUGGUGGACAAAAGCAGCGAAUCGCCAUUGCGAGAGCUCUUCUCAGAGAUCCGCGAAUUCUUCUUUUGGAUGAAGCAACUUCGGCAUUAGAUGCAGAAAGUGAAGGAGUUGUGCAACAAGCAUUAGAGAAUGCAAGUCGUGGCCGAACAACGAUUGUGAUCGCUCAUCGACUUUCGACUAUCAAAAAUGCUGAUAAAAUCAUUGUGAUAAGCAAUGGGGAAGUUGUUGAAACCGGGAAACAUGCCGAACUUCUACAAAAACGAGGACACUACUUUGAUCUAGUGAAUGCUCAAGUCUUUGCUGAUGUUGAGACACAUAAAGAGGAACCAGCUUAUUUGCGACAGAGAAGUCACCGCACAACAUCAAGUGAUUCGAUUGAAGAAAUCGAUUUGCACCAAAAAUUGGAACAGGAGGAGGACGAGGAAUCGGAAAUGGAAAGACUGAAGAGAGAGAUUCAAGAAGAAGGAAUCCCCACAGUGGGACUCCACAAAAUUCUCAGUUAUGUGGGACCUGAAUGGAAAUUUUUGGUGCUGGCGCUGGUUCUCUGCAUGAUUGAGGGAAUCGCUUAUCCGAUCUAUGGACUCUUCUACACAAAGGCUUUUGAGAUCUUCUCCGAGAACGAUCGUGAAAAGAUGCGACACUCUGGCCACAUAGCCGCUUUGUGCUUCUUGCUGAUGAUGAUCAUCGAUUUGACGAUUCCGUCUGGAUGUUCGAUCUACUUCGGCAAGGCUGCGUGCGGGGUGACCGAGAGGCUCAGACUGAAUACAUUUCGCAACGUGCUCAGCCAGGAUGGGGCCUACUUUGACUCGUCGAAGCACUCGCCCGGGAAAGUGGCUACACGUUUAGCCACAGAUGCGCCAAAUAUUCGACAAGCCAUUGACGCCAAGCUCGGCUACGUUCUUCGUGGUUUUGUCGCACUUGGAGCUGCGUUGGCGGCUUCGAUCUAUUUCUCCUGGCAAAUGACAAUUCUAAUGUUGAUUGUGGUGCCAAUCUUGACCGGUAUCAAUUUCAUCUGGGAGCGAGUCUUUGACAAUGUUUCGAUCGAGGAUUUGAGACUGAUGGAAGCGAGUGGAAAAGUAGCAAUCGAGUCCGUUGAGUGCAUUCGAACCGUGCAUGCCUUGUCUCUGCAAAAUGUGAUGCACGAAAAGUACUGUGGUUUAAUCGAGCGCCCAUUCAAAACGAACAAGAAAAAGGCGAUAGCUCAGGGUAUGAUAGCUGGGAUCAUAAAUUGCCUGCAACCGAUGAUGGACGCUUUGGAGUUUCGUUUCUCUUCCUGGAUGAUCACGAAAGAUUAUGUCAAGAAUCCAUUUGAUGCUUGGAGGGCUCAAUUUUGCCUCGAAUUUUCGUCAGAAGCCGUCGCUCAAGCAGCCACCUAUUUCCCCGAAUACAAGAAAGCAAAAUAUUCAGCCGGGUUACUGUUCAAGAUGAUGAAUGAGAAAGCAAAAAUUGACAGUUUUGAGAAAAGGGGACUCCAGGUGGCCAAUGGAAAAAUCGAGUUCAACAACGUUCGUUUCACCUAUCCGGAGAGACAAGAACAAGAGGUAUUAAAAGGAGUGAGCUUUUCGAUUGAACCGGGCCAAACGGUGGCCGUUGUUGGCCCAUCGGGUUGCGGGAAGAGUACGCUUGUGAGUCUCCUCCAGAGAUUCUACGAUGUCACGGAUGGAGCUGUGAAAAUCGAUGGCAAAGAUUUACGAUUCAUGGGAGCCGCCGAUGUGCGAGCUCAAGUUUCUGUCGUUGCACAAGAGCCAAUUCUUUUCGAUGACACAAUAAAAAACAAUGUCAUUUACGGAUUGGACUCAUCAUUGACCUCUGAAGAAGCAAUUUUCGAUGCAGCUGGGAAAGCGAACAUCCAUCAGUUCAUCACCUCGCUUCCUUUAGGAUAUCAGACAACAGUUGGAGAGAAGGGAACUCAGUUAUCUGGAGGCCAAAAACAACGAGUGGCCAUCGCUAGGGCUUUGGUGAGAAAUCCGAAGAUUUUGAUUCUUGAUGAGGCGACGAGUGCUUUGGAUACAGAAAGUGAAAAGAUUGUUCAAGAGGCGCUUGACGCCGCAUCGGAGGGUCGAACUUGUCUAGUGAUUGCCCACCGUUUGAGUACAAUUCGAAAUGCCCAUCGAAUUGUUGUGAUGAAAGGAGGGGAAAUUGUGGAACAAGGUAAUCACCAAGAAUUGUUAUCGAUAAAAGGAGCUUAUUACAAUAUGAUCGAUAUUCCCGUUGAUGCUGCCGCCGAAUUUGCUGCUGUGGCGAACACGGGCGCUGUUUACCUUGGCGUUCUGAAAUGUCAACUUAUUCAAAAUGUCUUGGAUGUUAUUAUUAAGAAUACCAGCAUGAAAAUCGAUCUU